AAAAGACAUCAACAGGCCUACAAUACUGAUCAGGUGUUAUUCCAGUUGAGGUAGAUACAGGGAGAUCCCACACCCUUGCAUAGAGUCAUACAGAUCACAGAACUGUACAAAAAUGUCAGAAAUAAUUUCAACAGUUCCGGAUAUUAUAGAUAUAUUUUCUUCAAUCAAAGAAGAAGUCUCUUUAAUAUAUGGCUUGGGAGAUAAGGUAGAUUCAAUGCACAGUGAGCUAAAAAGCAGCUUGGAACUCUUAAAGAAUGCAGAGGAUAGACCUGAAGACUAUGAUUUGGAUGAAGAAUGGGUGAAUCAAGUAAGGACAUUAGCUCAUGAGAUUGAAGAUGUGAUUGAUGAGUUUAAAAUUUAUCAGAAACAAAAUGUUUUUGGUAAAUUUAAGCAUCAUAUCUUACUUAAAUCGCAAGGAACUAAGAAUAAAAUUCAUUCCUUACACACUAAAUCAAUGGAGGUUCAAAAAAGGAAAAGUCAUUACUCUCGUCUCAAUAGAAGAAAUAGUAAUCAUGUUACUAAUAACUUAGUUCAGUUUCAGCAGCACCAACACAGUGACAGUAGUAAUUUAUCAGGCAUCAUCAGUACUGUAAAUCAAUCUGAACUUGUUGGUUUACAAACUGCUAAAGAUGAUCUAAUUAGGUUGCUUGAUUUACAAGGGCUCGAAGAUUCCAAGCAUUCUAUGAGGAUAGCAGUGAUGGGGAUGAGGGGACUUGGAAAGACAACACUUGUAGGCAGUGUUUAUAAUGAUGAAUCAGUUCAAGAAUUCUUCCCUGUUCGUGCAUGGAUCUUGGCUACUACAGGAAUAAACAACCAUAUUCUUAUGUUGAGGAGUAUGAUAAAGCAGUUUUAUAAUACUGCUAAUGAGCAUGACCAACUUUUGAUUAAUGGUAAUAGGGAUAAAGCUGAAACCAAUAUUACAGCUCUUUCUCGUUUUGAUUCCAUGGAAGAAUUUUUGUUAAAGGAUCGUAUUUGCAGUUAUUUGAAAGAUAAGAGGUACAUUGUGAUUCUUGAUGGAGUUGAAUAUCAAAAGGAUCAUAUGGACUUGGCAAACUACAUAAAAGGUGUGUUACCAAGAGAACAUAACAAGGGAAGCAAAAUAGUUUUGAUAACAAGCUAUGAGAAUGUAGCGCAAACUUGGGUUGAUGGAUAUAAUCAUGGCCUAUAUAAACUCAAAUGCUUACCACAAGAAAAGGCAUGGCAAUUGUUUUGCAACAAAGCAUUUCACAGACAUGGAGGACACUGUCCAUCUCUGCUGAAAGAUAUCGCUUCUGAAAUUGUCCUAAAUUGUGCAGGCUUACCCCCUGCAAUUUCAGCUGUGGGAGCGUUCUUAUCUACCAAGUCAGAUGAUCUAAACGAAUGGAAAAAGGUUCAAAGUAACCUCGGGUUUUACCUUAAACAUGAUCGUAAUGAAACAUACAAAGAUCUCAUCAGCAAUUAUCAGAGUUUGCCUUAUUGUUUGAAACCUUGUUUCCUGUACUUUGGUUUGUUUCCAAAAGAUUAUGCUGUUAAGCGUAUGAGACUCAUUCGAUUAUGGGUAGCUGAAGGGUUUACCGAAGAUUCAGAAUCGAAUAAUUUGACUCCCGAAGAUAUUGCAGAAGAACACAUAAAUAAACUUGUUAGCUUGGGCUUGGUUGUAGUUGAUCACUCAGAUAACACUGGAAAACCUCGAACUUUACGAGUGAAUCCUCUCCUAUAUGACGUUAUAAUCAUUUCCAAGGUGAAACAUUUGAGAUUUUGUCAAACUUUUCCAAAUAAAAUUUCCAGUAAUUCAAACCCUCGGAGGUUGUCUAUGCACUUAAACUACCCUGCAAGCUCAAAUGGAAAUGCAGAUCCGGUUUUAGAGGAGAAUUUUAUCACGUCCAACAUCAAGACUCUAAUAAUAAUUGAUCGAGAAGAAAAGGAGUCUACGCUCAAGCCCGAAGGAUGCUUAACAAAGUUGAACAAACACAUUUUGCUUUUGAAAGUUCUUGAUCUGUAUAAUGCAUCCAUAAAUAAGAUCCCAGAGGAAAUAGAGUGUCUAGUUUUGUUGCAUUAUCUGAGCCUAAGAAAUACACAAGUAGAGACCCUUCCGAAGUCCAUAGGUAAGCUGCAAGAACUGCAAACAUUGGAUUUGAAACAUACUCUCAUUCGAGAGCUUCCUACAGAAAUCAAUAUGCUCUGCAAACUGCGUCAUCUACUUACUUAUUUCUACACGAAUGAUAAGGGUUAUAGUCGCCAUGCCUCCAAAUUGACAGCAGUGAAAUUACCUAAAAGAGGUUUAGAUAAUUUGACUGAGUUACAAAAGCUAGCCUUUAUUGAUGUUGGGAGUAAAAGAAGCAAGCUGAUCAAGAAGCUGAGAAAUAUGGUGAAGUUGAGAAGGUUAGGAAUCACAGGUCUGGAAUCGGAAAACGGAAAGGAUCUUUGUGCAGCAAUUACUGAAAUGAAGUGCCUUCAAUCCUUAAGUCUUUACUCAGAAACUGGUCAUAAAAUUGAUGUGAACUAUAAUAUUCAACCCAUGAAUUGUCCUUCGAGUUUAAAAUGCCUAUACCUUAAUGGUCCUUUGAAUAGUUUCCCUAUAUGGAUUUCGCAGCUUCACUGCCUUGUGAAGCUCCGACUAAGGUGGUCAUCGCUACUUUUCGAUCCUCUAGAAAUCCUCGGAAAACUGCUUAACCUGGUGGAGCUGCAGUUAUUGAAAGCAUACAAGGGCACGACACUAGAGAUUCAUGGCGGCGGAUUUAAAAAGCUGAGGAUAUUACAUCUACUUGAUUUGGAUAAUCUCAAAUGUUUGUCUAUAACGAAAGGUGCACUUCCUUCCUUAGAGUUGAUGGCAAUGGGAGAAUUUCCAAAGAUGCAGGAGGUGCCACUAGGAAUUAAAUACCUUUCCAACCUGAAAACACUCAAUAUCUUUAACAUGCCACUCCAUUUGGCUCGGAGUCUUCAAGAAGGUGGGCAACACCAUUCAGUUGUCAAGCAUGUAACAAAUGUCUACUUUCAACACUUUGAUCAACAGGCUUGGCAAACAUCGACCCUUUGAUCAUUCGAAUGCAAACUACUCAACACACCACAGAUUGAUAGCAUAUCAUACGGUGCAAGCUUUGAUCAGAAAAUCUUUGUAACUACAAUGAAGUGGAUGUUUGUUGAUCGAUGAAUAUUUUUUAUUAUUAUAUAGUUUCAAUUUGUGUGCUCUAAUGAGAAACUUAUAUAGUUUUGUAUGUAAUUUGAUAAAGAAAUAUGCUUUUACUCAUAAUUGUAUUUACAGUCAAAUUUAAAACUCACAACAUGUAUUAUAAUACUUGCAUUUUGUUAGAUAUUUGG